CUGUCACCUGGCCCUUGUGGUGACAACCCAGGGUGACACUUGCAUUCCUGGCCACAAGGGCAGGUUACUCACCAACUCAAGUUAAUGGCUAACCCUGGGGCAGCUCCUGUGGAAGGUGGAAGUUCAGCUGUGCGUGGGCCGUGAGGAGCCCUUUGAGGGAGUGGGAGCCUGCCCACCCCCUCUGUGCCGUAAACUGGGAGCCGUGUGGGGAGGCAGCAGCAUGAAUGGGGGCCACCGCGGAGCGCCUGGUGCUGGGAGCCCUGCGCUCACAUCCUGCUUCCCGCAGAAGAUGUGCUCCUGGAUGCUGAGCUGUUGCUUUGCCCUGCAGCAUCUGGCCGUGCAGGCCUCCUUGCUCUGCAUCUUCCACCUCCUACUGCUGCCCACCCUGCCUGAGGAGCCACCCCAGGCCACCAGUGAGCUGCUGGCACGGAGCCUCUUUGCCUGCGGCAUCUCCACCUUGCUGCAGACCACCCUGGGGAGCCGGCUGCCUCUGGUUCAAAUCCCAUCCUUUGAGUACCUGGUCCCUGCUGUGGUGCUGAGCUCCCACCUCUCCCUUGGUGCCAGCAUGGACAGGAACGGCACCACCGUGGCUAGCACAUGCCCUGCACCACACUGUGCCAUCGCAGGGAGCCAGGCUGCCCCACUGCAAGAGGUCUCUGGAGCCGUGCUGGUCUCUGGGCUGGUUCAGCUGGUGCUGGGAGUGUCUGGAGUGUGUGGGUGGGCAGCCCAGCACUGCGGGCCCAUGGUCCUGGCCCCCAGCCUCUCCAUCAUCGGGCUGUCUGCAUACAAGGAGGCUGCUUUCUUCUGCUCCACUAAUUGGGGAAUAGCGCUGCUGCUUAUGCUCCUUGCUGUCACCUUCUCCCAACACCUACGGUCCUGCCACCUGCCCUUCUGCACCUGGCCCCAGGCCCAGGGGAGCUCCAUGGAGCUGCCUGUCCCCACCCUGCGCACAUUCUCGGUACUGCUCUCGUUUGCUGUUGUCUGUAUCAUCUGUGCCAUCCUCAGCCACCUCCACAUCCCCUGGGAAUCAUUGGACCCGGCCAUGGCACAGCUGUCCUGGGCCAACAGCACCUUCCAUGCCCCUUGGCUCCGCAUCCCCUAUGCAGGCGAGUGGGGGUGGCCGCUGUUCACCCCCCGGGCACUGGCAGUGGGCAUCGCCAUGGCCAUCGGUUGCAGCAUGAAUUCGGUGGGCUGCUACGUGCUGUGCGGGAGGCUGCUGCGAGCCCCCCGGCUGCCCUCCCACGCCUGCAACCGGGGGCUCUGCAUGGAAGGGCUGGGCAGCCUCCUGGCAGGGCUGCUGGGCACCCCGGGGGGCACCGCUGCCAGCAUCGCCAACGCCUGCGCCACCGGCCUCACACAGACUGGCUCUCGCUUCUCAGUGCAAAUAAGCGCCCUGGCAUGCGUGGUGCUGGGCUUGUCCCCGCGGCUGGCAGGGCUCCUCACCCGCAUCCCCCUGGCAGUUCACGGGGGGGUGCUCUGCGUCACCUACGCCGUGGCCGUGGGCACGGGCAUCUCCUACUUCCAGUACGCGGACAUCGACUCGGGGAGGAACAUCUUCAUUGUCGGCUUCGCCAUGUUCAUGGCGCUGCUGGUGCCGCGGUGGCUCAGCGCAUCUCCGGCUCACCUGGUCACAGGCUGGGUGCCCCUGGACCUCCUUUUCCUCUCCCUGCUCAUGAUGCCUGUCUUCUUAACUGGCUUCUUGUCAUUUUUCAUGGAGAAUACGGUCUCAGGAACCCUGGAGGAGCGAGGGCUGCUCUCUGACCUGAUGCUGCUGAAAGCUGGGGCAGGUGCUCGCCGACCCCGUGGAGAGAGGGGGGAAGCCAGCCAGGUGUAUGAGCUCCCUGCUGGACUGAGGAGGCUGCUGCCUUCCUCCUGCAAAGCCUUCCCCUGCUGCUUCCUCUGCCCAGGGAGCGAGGAAGAGGAGGAGGAGGAAGAAGAGGAGGGCAGCCAUGACCCUGAGGAGGGGACUGCUGCCCCAGGGGAAGGGACACAUCUGCUCCCCAGACCUGGCUCAGGGGAGCCACAGCCACUCAGGAGGACAAGUGAGAUGGAGAUGUCCAUAUGGCAGAGUGUGGCCUGACCCCACAGCAUGAGGACAGCUUAUGGGGGACUGGGGCUGUGCUCUCCCCACAAGGCAGCUUGCAAGCCACUUUGCUAUUUGUUUCCAAAGCCCACAUGGACUG